AUGGACGCUGAGAAGCGACAAGUUACUGAAGAAGCGGUGAGAGAUUGGUUGGACAAGCUCAAAGACGUGUCUUACGACGCUGAUGAUGUUUUGGAUGAAUGGAUUACGAGGAUUCUCGUGUCAAACUUAGAACAAGAUAAGAAAGAGAAGACCACCUCUUUUGUUGAUUUGUCUAAGGUGUAUGGCAGAGAUGAAGAGAAGAAAGUUUUGAUAAGAAAAUUGCUGAGCAAAAAUAGCAGUCAAGAUGGGAGAAAUUUUGAUAUCAUCCCUAUUGUGGGGAUGAGUGGAAUUGGCAAAAUUGCUCUUGCUCAACUUGCCUUCAAUGAUGCUGAGGUUCAGGCUUACUUUGACAAAACAAUUUGGAUAUGUGUUUCGGAACCUUUUGAUGAGGUAGUGAUUGCCAAAGCAAUUAUUGAGUCUCUUGAGCGCCGCACUUCUGACAAGGUUGAGAUUCAAUCUUUGUUACUGGAUAUUGAACACUCUAUCAAGGAUAGGAGGUUUCUUCUGGUCCUAGAUGAUGUGUGGACUAAGGAUGACAGAAAGUGGGAAUCAAUAGAAAGAGUACUUGCCAAUGGUGCUGUUGGAAGUAGAAUUUUAGUGACAACACAAAAAGAGGAAGUUGUUAAGAUGAUGAGAGCAGAAACUGAUAAGAUUACAGUUGAGUUUUUGUCUGAGGAGUUUUGUUGGGACAUGUUAAGAUGA